AUGCCUGGCCGUGGUCCAAUCCCAAACCAGAUAAAUCCUCCACAGCAAAUGGGCCAACCCCUUUACAAUACACCACCACAGGCACACAGUGCGAAUAUAGAAAAUGUUCGCAAGCGUACUUCAACUUCACUAAUGGGUGCAUCUUCGCGGGCAUCUGCCACAUAUCCACGAAAAAGAGCUCUUACUGCGUGCGACACUUGUCGUUUGAAGAAGAUCAAGUGUGACAAUGUCAGGCCGCGAUGCGGGUCUUGUGUCAAGAACGGCAACAUGAACUGUCACUACCGUACCGAUGAUCAGCAGAAAGACUAUUCAAGCUAUGAUCCAGCGUCAUUAAACAUCUUGACCAAGUUGGAUGUGAUUCUCCGCGACUUGCGCGAUCUCAAAAAUGUCAACGGACUUGAAUCUUCGACUCCAGAAGAACUUGGCCCAGGCUCAGGUCCUGGCCCAGGUUCAGGUACUACUGCGUCCGGCUCAGGAUCGGGUUCCGCUUCAAAAAGAAGACAAUACGGUUCAGAACAUCGAGAGUUUCAUUUCGACAACUGCAUCUGGGACAUGUCGAUAACCUCGAUCUUGAGGUGGAAGUACUUCAUCAAAUGCUUUGGUGAUACACCAGAAGAAACCGAUAGAGUAUCCAACAGUCUCAUUAAAAUGUACAAUCGGUCGAUUGUCGCCGUUAAUCGUAACGGAACUCUAGAAUCACGACUCCUCAGGACCAAAUCUCUUGAGGGGUUGUUGAGCAAGAACUUUUCCAAUAUCGUCAACUCAUUCUUUGUAAAUUGCCACUCCAAGAUCCCAAUCUUGGACACCUUGGAGUUGUUCGAGUCCUUAGAGAUCUACAAAUGCUUGACUUCUCAUUAUAAACUGUUCAGUUUCAUCCAGAUAUUGGAGUCUUACGAUCUGGAAAAUCCAGAAUCUGACCAGCUUCCACGAGUUGUGCUUGAUGCUCUUAGAGCAAACAACUUGGAAGAUACGCCUUUCCGUCGUAGAGCAUUUAAGACGUUGUGUCUUUCUGUUCCCAACAUCAUAGUGAUUUGUGCUCUCGGAGUAGUUUCCACUCCAGUGCAAUUGGAGAAUUUGACUAAAUUCGACAGCUCUAUAGAAGAGAGAAAGUCCAUCGCCAUAGGCUGCCUUUCAGACUCCAGUGCCUUCAAUGGCGUUCAAGACGUGAGACGCGACAGACUCGAAAUCUCAAUUCUCUUGAUCAGAUAUGCGGAGUUGUUACGCACUGCAUUUCCCUUCACCGUUGACCAGAGUUCCUUAAGAGCAGUCGAGUUCCAUCUUCUUUUGAACCAGUACUACUUAUAUACCAUGACUCCAUUAUUGGCGUACAGACAUAUCUCAACCGCAUGCCAGCAUAUGAUGUACUAUAUCAACAUGAGGAGGGGUGAUCCAAUUAAUACCGAUAAUGCCUUGGGUGCAUCGAAAAAGGAAAUGAUAGAUCGUCUCUUCUGGUCUUGCUUGAAGUUGGAGUGUGAGUUGAGAGUGGAACUAUCACCGUAUGUACCCGUAUCUGGCAUCACACAACAAGUGCCUCCAACUUCUUUCCCCAAGAUUCCUGAUCCUUUAUCUGAUGAAAUAAAACUGAAUCACAGCGAAGCAUGCAUUAAGCUCGCCAACAAAUAUGAAGAUGAAUAUUCCUGGUACUAUUUUCUCACUGAAAUUGCAGUGCGCAAGGUGGACAACAAGAUGUUUGACGAAAUAUACUCAUAUGAAAGCCGUUUGAGAAACCUUUGGGACCAGGAUAGUUUUGCUAAUGAAUCUGCAUGGAUUAUCUUCAUAAAGUAUCUAAAUCAGUACAACGGGAUCAUCAAUUCAUUGAGUCCCCAAAUUAGAAACUUUGUUCUCCAAGAAAUUAACGUCGAUCAAAUCCACAGACGUAUGAAGAAGAAGUAUGAGAAAAAACAACUGAAUAUUAGCAGUGAUGCCGAUGUGUUUGACACAUUAGACGAUUUUUUGAUAGACGAUGACCUCUUGAUUCGAGCCCAAUCCGAAUCAAUCAUGUUCAUAAAGACAAGAAUUAUAACCUCCAAGUUAUUGUUGUUCCGCCCUAUCAUCUACUUGCUUUUAGAAGAUAAAAUCCCCAUUACCGAAUUGAUGGAAGCUGCAAUUUCAGUCAUGGGUGCACAAGCCAAUAUUACUUCUGUAUCGAUGAACAAUCUAAAUGCAAUGGAAUCUCCCGACUCAGCUGGCUCAGUUCCGAAUUCCUUUUCCGGUGAAACAAACCCCUCGGACGCAGACUUGGAGAUGGACUACUUUAAUUUGAUUAAUGCACCCUUGUUUUACCAGAGACAGUAUCCGGACGAAGAUUUCUCUAACGUGAUAGAGUACACCAACAAAGAUAAAAGUGACAAAGACGAAGACUUUGAUGACGAAAACAGUUUUUGCUUGAAAAGUCUUCCUUUGGCUCGAUCUCGGAUCUUGAGGAUCUUUUUGCAGAACUUGAUUUCUUUGCCCAAAAUGAAUAUUCCAAAAUUGGGAGCACAUAGACACCCUGGCCUGUGGUACUAUUUGAGAAAUCUUUUCAUUGGUAAUGUUUUCCAGUUCUUAUUGUACAAUAAGUUGCAAGAGAUGUUACAAGUGGCAACUGCAGACGAAGGAAUGAGAGCAUUCCUUUCGCAAGUGCCCGAGAUUUCUUCGAUGAACGAUGUUAUGGAUAUGUUCAACGUUGUAAUAAACAAAAAUGACAUAAUUGCUGGAUUCGAACAUUCGUUGAUUUUAUUUGAUUACUGGAAGGAAGAAAUGAGCGAUUGUGAAAUUUAUCUGGAUUAUAUCAAGAGGUGUAUUGAAAAGCUAGAACAAGGUACCAAAAAUUAA